ACAUGAACCGAAAGAAAUUGCAGAAGUUGACGGACCACUUAACUAAAAAUUGCAAGCACUUUAAUAAAUCUGAAGUGACAUGUCUCAUAAAGCUUUUCUAUAACUUGGUUGGAGAUGUAGCAGAGCGACCAGUUGCAGUUGUUGGACUAGAUCGUAACGCAUUUCGGAACAUCCUACAUGUAACAUUUGGAAUGACAGAUGACAUGAUUAUGGACAGAGUAUUCCGAACUUUUGAUAAAGACAAUGACGGCUGUAUAAAUGUAUCGGAGUGGGUUAAUGGAUUAACCGUGUUUCUUCGAGGAUCCUUAGGUGAAAAAAUGAAAUAUUGCUUUGAAGUAUUUGACUUGAAUGGGGACGGCUUCAUUUCAAAGGAGGAAAUGUUCCACAUGUUAAAGAACAGCCUUCUGAAACAACCAUCAGAGGAAGACCCAGAUGAAGGAAUUAAAGAUUUGGUUGAAAUAACACUUAAGAAAAUGGAUUAUGACCAUGAUGGGAAGCUAUCUUUUGCAGACUAUGAAAAAGCUGUGAGAGAAGAGACUCUUCUGUUGGAAGCCUUUGGACCAUGUCUACCUGAUCCAAAGAGUCAGAUGGAGUUUGAAAGUCAAGUAUUCAAAGAUCCAACCGAUUUCAGUGAUAUGUGA